UUCUGUAAAUGAAAACUGGGUUGAUCUUGCCUAUUUACAAUCUGCAGAGGAGAAAUUACUUUAGGAACAAAUCCCAGUGAGAGCAAGUAGAGCAAUUAAUACUAACAAGCUCAGCCACCAGAGAAAACUGAAUUGGAAAAGAAUUGUUCUGUAAGAAAAAGCGGCAAGAUAUUAAAACCAAUCUUACAUAACAUUAAUAGGUAAAAAGCACCUCAGAAAGAAAGUCCCAAAAAAAAGAGAGAGAUUUCGGCCAUAAACUCAACCUCAUACCAUUAAGAGUUAAGAGAAACAGAUAACAAGUAACAUAAAACAAUGAAAUCAACGCCAUAGAACAGAAAGAACAAUACCAAGAGGGAAGUAGUGCUACCAUUUUUGUUUCAAAAUACGACUGUAGGAGCUACCCACUACCUUUAAUAAAAAAAGGACAACUAAACACUGAGUUAUGGCAUAGCGCAGGCUUUUCCAAUACACUCACGACCAGACAAGGAUCCCUUUUUAAUGGCUGGCAGCCUUAUAUAUCUAGCCAUAGUUUCCCCUGCUGGGGCAUGCAGAGGGGCCCAGGGCUGGUUCGGGAGCAGCAGAGCAGCUCCUCCAUUGGGUUAAGCAGCACAAGAGCUGUACUGAAGAAACUUAGUCUCCUUUUGUGACAUUACCCAUUAUAGUUGAACAGCAGAAGCCAUUUGAUAUGAUCUUUUUCGAUUUCAGCAAAAUACUGUUUCUCACAGCAUCCUAUUAGACAAAAUGGUGAGCACACAGCUAGACUGAAGUGUAAUGUGAUGGGUGAACAACUGGCUGACAGGUUGACUGAAAGGAUUCUUGUAAAUGGGGUUACAUUAGGCUGGCAGGCAGUCACUGGUGGCGUUCCUAAGGGCUUUAUUUUAGGGCCAGUUCUCUUCAGUGUUUUCAUCAAUGACUUGGGUGCAGAACUUGAAGGUACUCUAAGGAAGUAUAAGAAGACACCACAUUGGGACACUGAGAGGCCUUGCAGAGAAAUCUUGACAAAUUAGAGGAAUGGGCAAUCACCAACCAGAGGAACUUUAACAAGAGCAAGAGCCAAGUUCUGCACCUGGGACAGAUCUUGGAUCUAUGGACAGAUUGGGGGAUGAGAGGUUGGAAAGCAGCUCCAUGGAAAGGGAUGCAGGGGGGUUCUGGUUGGUGGCAAGCUGAACACGAGUCAGCAGUGCACCCUGGCAGCACAAAGGGCCAACCAUGCGAGGAGAGGGGUUGUCCUGCCCUUCCCUGCACCCUGCGGUCUCACCUCCAGCACUGGGUGCAAGUUGGGUGCCACAACAUAAGAAAAACAUAAAACUAUGAGAGAGUGUCCAAAGGAGGGCUGCAAAGACGGUGAAAAGUUUGUAGGGCAAGUUGUGUGAGGAGCAGCUGAGGCCCCUGAGUUUGCUCAGCCCAGAGCAGAGGAGCUGAGGGGAGGCCUCAAUGGCAGCUGCAGCUCCUCACAGGGAGCGGAGGGGCAGCGCUGAGCUCUGCUCUCAGUGACAGCGACAGGGCCCGAGGGAACGGCAUGGAGCUGUGUCAGGGGACGGGCAGCUGGCGGUUAGGGACAGGAUCUGCACCAGAGGUUGGUAGGCAUGGAUGCCUAGGCAGCGGUCACCACCACAAGCUGCCGUAGUUCAAGAAGCAUUUGGACAACGCUCUCACACACCAGGGUUUGGAUUUGGCGCACUGCUGUGUUGAGCUAGGGGUUGGACUCGAUGAUCCUUGUGGGUCCCUUUUCACUCGCGACGUUCUAUGACACCGCCGCCACGCCGGCUAGCUACCGGACGGCCAUAACGCAACCAGCAGCAGGCGGCGGAAAGCAGAGCGCACGCACGGGCAGCCCCAACGGGCGGAGCGGGCUCACUGCGCGUGCGCAGCCGGCACGGGCGCUAACGGAAGCGCGGCCCGGGGGCUGCGGCGGCCAUGAGGCGGCGGUUGGUGGCGGGGCUGGUGGCGCUGGAGGCGGCGGGGCUGGGCGGCGCCCUCCUGCUCUACCGCGCCAUGGACCGCAGCCAAGACUUCAGAUACACAAUGCAGAAGAGGUUUCCAUCAAUUCUGGAAGUUUAUUACAAAUCCAAUGAGUGGUCUGGAAUUCAUGGCAUAAGGGAGAAUGACCAAAUGGCGUGGUUAAGCAGCAAGAACUAAAGUAAGAUAGACUGAUAAAGAAAAUAAUUAUUUUGCAAUGGUUAUUGUAAAAAUGUCUACGUUAUCGCGCCCAACUCAUCUUUUUGAUUUCUUGCCUCUGUACUUCUUUUUCAGCCCUGCGUGCCUGAACUGUUUCUUCCUUUUGAUGAUGCUUUUCACAUCCCUGUUGUGAAGCCACCUGUCACGUUCUACUUCCCACUUGAUCUGUUUGAUAUCUGGAAAGAGGAAAGAUGGAAGAUAAGAAGUGAGGAGCUGAUGGAUACUUCUGAACACCAUGUGGAAUACAGAUAAAUCAUGUGAAUGCUAAAACUUGACUACUUUAUUUAUAAACAUUUAUUUAUAAAGUGCAAACUGCUGAUCUUUUGACACCAGAGAAUUUUUUUCUCCACAAUACAUGCCGUAUUAUCUUAGAAUCUUGGGGUUAAAGACUGCUCUUGCCAUUGAUUUUCAUUUUUUUUAAUGGUAAAUGCUAUCCUGUACUAGUAUGCAGCAUUUGAGUGCUGCUGUUGCUAUUUUUUGAGGUGGCACUGGGAAGACUUGUAAAGGCUCUACAAAGGACUGAUAAGUCAAAGAAAUACACAUUUAACUCAUCAGUGUUAUUUCUGAGAAAUUACUUUUGCUUCAUGAAUACCACAAGGCAAUAUUUUCAGGAAGUAGAUAAAGAUAGCCAUACUAUCUUCCCUUCACAAGGAUCCAGGACAGUCUUAACAGAGCAAAAUUCACAUGAAAGCUUGACAAAUAGCACAUUGCCAGUUUUUAUUUACAGUGUAAAAGGAGAACACAAUAGUGUCCUUCUCUUUUCUGACGCCUUACUAAGUCCAGUUGUUGCAGUUAAUAUUAGUGCUGCGCAUCUUUUAAUUGAAAAAAAACUAUGUCAUCUCUUAACUACAUUGAGCUACUGUCCCUCCUGCAUUCUCUCUAACCUUAUGUGUACCACAGUUAAUCACUUAAGAACAGAAUCUGAAGAAGCAGAAGAGCACUACAGCUACCUGCUCAUAGCAUGUACUUACUUGCAUUAUCUCUGUUAGCCAUGGCAUUCAUUCCAAUAUUGUCAAACUUGGACCCAGCAUUUUCAUCCAGCAGAUAGCCAAUCUUUAAGAAGAGAAAUUUUAUUAUUUUACUACAAAGAAACAUGUUAAAUGGUUGAACUUUUUUAUUUUCCUAAACACUGAUCUAACUUACCUCUUCAGCAGCUGCCAGUAUUUUGGCAUCUUUGAGUUUUCUCUUCUUUCCUUGGCUGGACCCUUCAAACAAAAAGCGUGAUUCUUAUGAAAUAGAAAUCAAAAUCACAAUGACACUAAAACAGAAGUGUUUUAAAUAGUUUUUUUUUUUUUUUCAUUUUAUAAGACCACGUAAAAUAACUGUGUUAGAAAACUUUAUUCACCACCUCCCCUAAAAAGAGGGGGGGAAAUAAGUUUUCCAACAGGAACUAAAUGGCACAAAUCUAUGCAAUGUGUAUUAGGAGCAGAUGCAAAUCCACAAGCUACUCUGCCAGUAUAACUCCAUCCUUCAAAUACACCUCCUUUGAUCUCCAGCCCUUCAAGAGCAGAUCAUCAUUCUGAAUUAGGCCGCACUGGUUAGAGGUCGAGGCUAAAAACAAUUCCUUGUCUACAGUUUAUUCAAAUCUGAACCCAGAUCUGAAAAUCUACUGUACUGGACUCCUCUGCUUACAAUUUUUCCAGACUACCCGUUUGUAUUAGGCCUUCUCAAAUGGAAAUAAUACUUCCUUACCUUCACGUGAUCCCAUAAAAUUCAUAUCUUUCUUUCUCUUGGUCUUUUUACUGACAGACUUCGAUUGAUUGUCAUUGUUAAGGUCUGUCAGAAAAAAAAUAAAAUCAGUUCCUCAUUCUCGCGCCUUAUGCAUGUAUUUAAAGCACACUAGCCAAUAAAAUAUCUAUUUAGACAUAAAUAUAUCUCAAUGAUCUGAGUCUUUACUACAAAAAUAAGUUUAAAACACAGUGGACACAAGUGAACCUUGAUUUCUUAAAGCCAUAAAAUUAACAGUUGUUCAGUGAUGUACCUUUAUGGCUUUUUUCCAAAGCACCACAUAUUAAUGAAAUACGAUACUAAGAUAUAUAACAUAAGAAGGCUAGGACAUUGAGUAAACUUUGAAUGUCUGCUUAAGUAUGGUGAAAUAACAAUCUUAUGAAAGAUUCAAGUGUUUUCCGCUGUAUGAAUAAUUUACCUGGUCUAUUGUCAAUCAUAUUCCCGUGACUUUAAGUUAUCAGUUGAAAUACUCCAUUAAUCUGUGCUUUGACAACUACAGAAAGUGCAUUCUGAGUAACCUGUGCUUUUCAGUUGAAAAGACAAUAUAACCAUAAAGGUGCAGCAAUCAGUUACUGUUACAGAGGUAAUAAAAAUAGGGGUGCAUAUCUGCAUUAGAAAAAUAAGCUGUUACUUACAAGCCAGUAACAUAGAAAGUUACCUCAUCUAAAAAUUAACAUUAAUCUGAAGAAAUAAAAUAGGAAGAUUUUUUUUUCUUCUUUGAAAUCUUUUAAUACUUUUGUGUACUAUAGACAUUUAUUUAUUUAUAAAGCUACUUUUGUUCUGCCAAUGCUUUUGGAAUCCAGAAAACAUGUCUUGUACACAAAUUGUUAAACCCUGAUGCGUAAUUCCCACUUUCAUCUAGGAGACUGAGCAGGAAAUGUUGUUUUUCUGAAGACUUGACUGGCAAGAGAAAGAUUGGUCAUUGGUCAUUUCUUCACUUAAAAUCCAAACCUCUCACCUACAUAACCAAAUAUUAAUUUAAAUAUGUAAUUACAAAUUAAAUAAUCUAUUUUUUAAACA